AUGUGGUGGAAACACCUUCCUCCUAACGCUGCUCUCUGCUUACCUUCCUCAGAUCAUCACUUCUCCUUCACUGUGCAGUAUCACUUGGACACGCUGCCCUCUGAGCGCCUCAUCCGGGCCUCCUUCAUCCACCUGCGAUCAUCUCGGCCCUCCGCCAUUCCGCCCCGCUGCCACGCCCGCCUCUCCUCUGGGCCAGGAGCCAGGCCCAAGCACUCCCCAGCCAGUCCUCCGCCCUCCUCGGCUCUUCACGAUGCCAGCCUGAAUGUGGCCGUGGUCUUGGAGCCUCACGAUCGCUGGGCAGAGACGGACAUCACUGCCCACGUGCUCCAGGAUCCCUCCUCGCCGCUGACUCUCACGGCCCACUACAGGUGCUCCUUGAUGGGGGACAAGGACGGCGAUCGACCCUGGAGGAGGUGGUUCUCUCGCGCGGGGCAGAGGAAAGCUCCAGAAACUCACUUGGAAGUGCCGUCUCUGCUGCUCUAUCUGCAGGAGGAGCGUCAGGUGAGCGAGUGGAUGAGCGAACUGCUGGGACAAGACUCUGAGAACAUUGUGAACCAGAUCCGGUAUGGACACACGUAUGGACUCCAAAUACGCCAAAAAAGGUCUGAAGACCUGUCCCAAAUCGGAGCUGGACAAUCUAAAGACAUGUCCAACCAAAACUCAAAUGGACUACCUGCGACGCAAAGAAGCUCCGAAGACUCUUCCCAAACCAGGGCUGAGUUGUCCAAAAAGUUAUCACAGCAAAAUGCAUUCGGACUUCCUGAAACGCUCCAAAGGAGGUCCAAAGACUUAUCCCUGAACAGAACCGCACGGACCUCAACCCCCCCACAACUCCCUCCAAACUACAAACGCAAAAAGGGAACAACUAAAUCUCGCUGCCGCCUGCACUCCAUCCGCUUGACCUUCGAGCAGCUCGGUUUGGGGAACCAUUUCAUCGCUCCUCCCUUCUACAAUCCACGGUUUUGUCGGGGGGACUGCCCACGGGAGAUUCCCUACGGCUUCAACUCUCCAAACCACGCCAUCAUCCAGAACUCCAUCCAUGGGCUCAGGUUGGGAGACGUGCCUAUGCCCAGCUGCGUGCCGUACAAGUACCUUCCGCUCAGUGUUCUGGUGGCGCACACGAAGGGGGUGGAGUACAAGGCGCUGGAGGAUAUGGUGGCAGAGUCUUGCACGUGUCGCUAG